CACUACUUUCCGUGAGAUUUCGUAAUUCCCUGAAAUUGCUUUCGGCUGCAAACGGCAUCAGUCAAUAUUAUUCCACGUUUGUCUAUCAGCACACCAGAAGACUCACAGGCCUUGAGUAUAUUAUACAUUCCGCCCAGUACAGCGGAUUCAUAUUUCGAUUCUCUAAACUAAACAUGGUUCAAUAUCUUAGCAAGGCCGUAGCGGCUAUCGCUUUUCUUCCCUUUGCUGCGCACGCUCAGACAUUCAGCGCUUGCAACCCGACCAAAAGUACGGGAUGCCCUGCUAAUCCAGCUAUCGAGACGAAUUUUGAGUCCGACUUCAGGACUGGAGCGUCAGCUCUAAGCGGAUGGACAAUCACUUCUGGCUCCUUGACCUAUGCGAACGAUGGAGCGGCCUUAACCAUCAACAAACAAAAGGAUGCCCCGACCGUCGCGACCAAUGGAUAUUUGCUUUUUGGGCGGGUUGAAGUCAGGACCAAGGCUGCUAUGGGUACGGGGAUCAUUAGUAGCAUCGUUUUGCAGUCUGAGGACCUCGACGAGGUCGAUUGGGAGUUUCGCGGAACUUUCGACAACCAAGUCCAAACUAACUACUUUGGCAAGGGUAAUACGACAUCGUACGAUAGAGGACAAACACACUCCGUAUCAGCACCAUUCACAAAGGCCCACACGUAUAUCGUGGAUUGGACUUCUCAGAGGAUCAACUUCUACAUUGAUGACGGCAAUACCCCUAUCCGCACGAUCAAUUAUGCUGAUGCCGUGGGUGGAAGAAAUUACCCCCAAACACCCAUGAAUGUUCGAAUUGGUAUAUGGGCUGGAGGCGAUCCAGACAAUGAGCCUGGCGUCAUCCAGUGGGCAGGUGGUAAGACAGACUAUACUCGGGCUCCCUUCACCCAGAUUCUCGAAUACGUCAAGAUAACCAACUAUUCCCCGGGCAAGGAAUAUGUGUGGAAAGACCAAUCCGGGUCCUACCAGAGCAUCCAGGUCGUUCCCGGCACAGCAAACACUAAAGAUCGCGCCGCGCCAAGGAGAGCUACAUUUGCAAGCGAAGAUACGGCGGCUGUCGAUAACUCUAUUGCUGCAAGAGGUGAAUCCGAUGCAAUGAGAGGUCAACAGUAUGCUGGCGCUGGAGAGUUCUAUCCGACUGCUGUGGAUUCCACCUCAUGCACAACAACAACUUUGGUCGUCACCGUCACAGACAGUAGUGAGCCGACCGUGAUUUACCCUAGCAUGACAGCCUCGGCAAUGCCAUCGUCUCUCAUGAUGGACACUGCAUCUCCCGACACGUUCCAACCCAUAUCGUCAAUCCCGAUUGCGAAACCAAGUGGACGGCCGACACCAGCCACUCCGUCUCCAGUUUCAUUCACUGGCGCUGCUGCUGCACCGACGGCAAUGGGCGGCGCUGUCCUAAUGGCUGGUGCUAUUGGUGCUUUAUUGUUGUGAAAAGCUGUACAGGAAUACAAUGUUGCCAAACCUUGUUAACCAGGUAUAAUUUAUGUACCUGGAGUUUUCCACAGAUGUUGAGAUGCACAAAUCAAAUAUUCAUGUACAUACUUGUUCACUCGAUCCAGCAUCCAGACUUUUAUACCGAUAUUUUCAUUCUACGACCCUCAAUUUGUGCCCUUUGCGGUCGCUCUCGCCACUCCGCUUUCGGCAGUCGGCGAAGCUCAAUCAUACAACAGUCUGCACUCCGCCGUUUAUGUCGCCGAUGUAGGAACUGACAGAAAA